UUUUUUUAUUAUCGAUCUGAAAAAGUUUUGCUUAGGUUUGUUUUGAACCUUGAAAGUUGUCGCAGAGGUUUUAAUAACAGUGUUUUGAAUGUUUUGGUUGUUGACAUCUGUUUGAGGAUUUAUUUUAUUCAAGGAAUUGCAGCUCUAUAUAAAAAUGAUGUCGAGAUCGAUUCGCGCUGAGACCAGAAGUAGAGCCAAAGAUGAUGUCAAAAGGGUAAUGCAAGUUGUCGACAAAGUGCGUCACUGGGAAAAGAAAUGGGUCACAAUUGGUGAGACAACAAUGAAAAUAUUUAAGUGGGUUCCAGUGUCUAGCAGUGAACAGAAAAAGAAAGUAAAGGAUACCAGCAACAAAGAGAAUAUAGCCAGGAAAACGUCUGCAAUGGAUUCAUCUAAUUCAAAUUCAAAUUUUGGUUUAGCUGAGGAUUCAAACACAUGUUUUUCAAUGGUGAGUGACUCGCAAGGACCAACAGACUUUUCCACGCAGCUUGGGUUCUCAGAAGAUUCAAACUCUCAAAGUAGUGAACCCAGCACAAAGCGACUGAAAACAGAUUGAUUCAUGGACUUAUGAUGUGUGGAAGCAUCAAGAUUUCCUGAAUGGGAUGAACCACAGUUCCAAUGUCCUUGAUUGUCGAGUGUUGUCACAAUGACUCGUAUAAUUAUUAGUCAAUACUUUAUUGUGUUUAUUCACACAAAGUUUUAUGUGUGUGUGUCGAAAGUUGGAAACUUGUGUAUUCUGCAUGGAGGAAAAACAUGUGAUGAGUUCUCUACGACAGACACUCGACUUUUGGAAGUGGAUGUAAUUGAGAUCCAUAAUAAUACACUUUUUUAUUUUGUUAAAAAAAAUAUGUGUGAUUAUAUAUAUUUUAGUGUGUGAGAAUUCACUCAGCCUGAGUGACUGUGCACUGAGAGAGAAAUAUAUUGUGAAAUAUUUUUUACGGUCUUAAGCUGUGGUGGCUCAUGUCACUGUAGUUGGGUUUUCAGAUUACAUAUUUUUACAUUCUGUCUAGGCAGUUGAAUUUCUUCGUAGUAGGUUGGCAAUUUUUCAAUCUGCAAGUGUGAGUGGGAAUAACUGAUGAGUUUAGGAUCAUUAACACUUUCAUCCUUUGUUGGUCAUCUGUCAGAGUUGUCCAGACUGGAUGCACAAGGACUUGGUUGUGAUUAUAUGAAAAUUAUGUGAGAUCAUGGGAAUUUAAUCACAUAUAUUUUGUUAAGAAGACAUUUUAAGAUAUAUGAGUGAGUUUACAUUACAGAAGUAGGAUUGCUAGUAUUUUGCACAAAAGCUGUCAAGGGCCAAAAAUUACAUUUUAUUAAACUUUUACGUAUUUCAUCUAGUGUAUCACUAUGGUGACAGAAAAGUAUGAGUUUGUGUAGAUAAUAUUGAAUGAGAUUAUAAAUUCAGGCAUUAUUGGAAAGUUUUUUUGAAGGUUCGCAGUUAACUGUAACAUUUAUAAACCAUUCUAGCCAAGCGAGUGAAUUUUCUUUAGCUGGGCUGAGUAAGAUAGUUCAUAUGUCUUAUGCACCAGGCAAUGUCAGCAGGAAAGAUGAAUGAAGGCUGUAGUAUUUUAUGAAACUGUUUGUCUCAUUUGAGAAACCAGUUUGUGAGAGGGCAGGGGUGGAAAGAACAGUGGUAGAAUGAUUAUGGUUGGCAAAGAGAGAGUCACCCUGAGAAAACAUAUUGCACUGGCUUAGACCAUUGUCUGCUCCCGUUUUCUAGGUCAGAUCCGCCAAGAAUCAAACCCAAUUUGUUCGGAUAGAACGAAAUGCAAGGGAGGUAUCGAGAUAAAAUUGUAGAAAAAGCCUUUAAAUAAAAGUAAUGACGAAAAGACAGAAAAAAUCAACAUGGUGUGUGAGACAAGAGACCCAAGACAUGUGAACAGAUUUGUAUGUUCUGUACUGGAGGGGUUUCUUGUUUUGCAAGUUUAAUUUUAUACUGCUUUUGAGCAUGAGCUGCCACUGGUACAAAAUAUUUCUAAACUUUCCUCUGUGUCAAAUUUUUAAAAUAAUUUGGCAUGUUGUAGAUUGUAUUUUUUUGGUUUUCAUACUUAAUUUCAUAAAUUGCUGUUAGAUAUUAGAAUUUUAUAACAAUAUUGUUGCUAGAUUGUAGGCUUCUGAAGGCAGAGUCACUUACUACUUAUUGGCUUCUGGACUGAGUUCAAGUCCUUGUAAUUAAUUGAUGAUGUACUCAACGUUUUAGCGUGCCUAGAGGCAAGAUUACAGUCAAACCUCAUUAAUAUGAAUCCGCUUAGUAUGAAAUUCCCGUUUAUGCAAAGUGCUUUCACAGCCCCAGAAAAUGAAGUAUGAUUUCCUAUGUUAUUUAGUACUUUUAAUAUGAAAUACGAAGGUGUUUUGAUCCCUCAAGUUACUCUUUACAUGUAUAAGUAAACAGUUAAUACUAAUUUUACUGCUGAAGUUUAAAAUAAAUAAUCAAGUUUUCGUAAUCAUCAAGUAAACAAUCUUUUCUCCAAAGAUAUAUGUAUAUUAAAGUGCAAAAUGUUUGAAAAACAAGAUUAAAAGUGUAGCUCUAGUAGUGAUGUUAGUAACUAAACUAGUAAAGAUGUCAUUUUGUAAAUUGAAACAAAUAGGAAGGUACUCUAUGUUGUAUUUAUAUUAGUCAUUGGAAGUGCACAUGCAAAGUUUUAUUGACGUGGCAACGUCUAAUAAAUCGAUGAACGCCGGCUGCACACAAAAUCCCCUAUUUUUAUGGACAAAAAUUGCAUUUUUUAACACCAUAAAAUCUUGGCUCUAGUUAUGCCUUGUUGCAGCUAUUAUCAAGGGCACUUCAUCAUUUGCAAAGAUGUUGCUCAUCCCAGAAGCCAGGAAGUUUGUUGCUGUUUAAAGAUAUUUGUUCCUAAAGCUCAGAUGGAUAUUAAGUUAACAUGGCUUGUGAAGCAAGCCAUCAGCUCAUUUGUGUAUAUCUAUUUAUACUAGUACCAAAUUCAAUAAUGCUUUUGUAUCUAUAAUAAGUCAAUUUUUUUUAAAAUUAUGUUUAAGGUUAAUGUACACCACUUUUUCAGAGAUCACCUUGUGUCCAAGUGCAUUUUUAAAACACUAUUCGGUGUUUCUUUUUUCUACCAUGUUUUCUUUGUCAGUAUUCAAUAUCUGAUGUUAUGUACAUUAAAAGAUUUUUAGUAAUAUCAA